AGAUUAUAUCUCCUCUCCCCUAACAUGAAAUUGCUGAUUACUGUGGUCGUGGCUGUGGUGGUGGCUCGGGGUAGCGCUGUAGUCAGCUCCUCGUCCCACAUCACCUUUGGAGGCUCAUCUCAUGGCUCUUUAGGGGCUACAUCUCAUGGCUCCGGCUUUACUCGACCUCAUGAAUCGUUUUCUGCACCUCAUAGCUUCUCAAAACCUGUCCAGCAUGGCUCCACUCUCUCCAGACCUCAUGGCUCUCUGAGUGGUUUUGAUCAUGGUUCAUCCCUGUUAUCUCAUGGUAGCUAUACACCACCUCGGUCAACCUAUGGUGCACCUGUUGACACCUACUCUCCUCCCAAGCCAACCUAUGUUGCUCCUGUUGACACCUACUCUCCUCCCAAGCCAAGGUAUGGUGCCCCUGUUCACACCUACUCUCCUCCCAAGCCAAGGUAUGGUGCCCCUGUUCACACCUACUCUCCUCCCAAGCCAACCUAUGGUGCCCCUGUUCACACCUACUCUCCUCCCAAGCCAACCUAUAGUGCCCCUGUUGACACCUACUCACCACCUCAAGACAUCUACAGUAUCCCUACAAAUGCUUAUGGAGAGCCAUAUGAAACCUACUCGCCUACACAGGACAUCUACACAGUGCCAACUAAUGCUUAUGGUUUGCCUCUUGACACCUACACACCACCAAGCUAUGGAGGCUAUCAAUAAGGCGAAGACACAUCAAGAGGUUUCAGAAACAUGGGACUAUUUGCUUCUUCACGAGAUUGCAAAGGGGCUUCCAUCUCGAGGAACGGUGGAUCUUCUAGCGACUGUGGUACCUCAUAGUCUCCCAUGGCACCCCUUUCUCGACUAUAGCACCCUGUGGUCGAGAAUGGCGCUCUUGCCUGUGAUUGAUUCCUGAACAUCACUCAACAUGUAAAAUAAGAAUGUGUCCCCAAUGUUGCUACACUUCUAAAUAUAUCUGUAUUUUUUGUACUUAUAUGAAAAAAUUACAAUUAGCAGAAUGCAA